AUGUCUCAAACGGUUACCGCCACUGCGGAAAAGCCGAUAAGCUACGACAUCAACAUACCUUACGUCACGGUGUCUAGCGAAUCCCAGAGCAAGACCAAAUACCCCGAGUAUUUGCCCACAUGGGAGAAGAUCUGGUUCGAUCCGCUGCCUCCCUUUGAAUACCACGACCCCGCGUUACGCGUGGAGGACAAGUCUAAGCCUAAUCUGCUGCGCGGGGCGAAAGUCACGCACAUUCAGCCCUGGAUCGGCAGUGUCGUCGAGGGCGUGCAGCUGAGCCAGCUGUCCGACAAGGCCAAGGAUGAGCUCGCUCUUCUCAUCGCGGAACGCAAGGUGGUGGCGUUCCCCGACCAGGACCUGAUCGAUGCAGGUCCAGAGCGCCAGUAUGAAUUCAUGCGGUAUUUCGGCAAACCGAACUACCAGCCAAUCUCGGGGUCCUUGAAGGGUUACCCCGGGUUCCACAUCAUCCACCGGGACGGCAAUCUAGACGAGAUCAACCGGUUCCUGGAGCAGCGCACCACGACUACGUUGUGGCACCAGGACGUGAGCUAUGAGAUCCAGCCGCCAGGUUACGUGAUGUUGGGUCUGCUGCAGGGUCCCGAGGUUGGUGGAGACACCGUCUUUGCCGCGACAGACGCCGCCUACAAGCGGCUCUCCCCCACGUUCCGCUCUUUUCUGGACCGUCUCCAAGCUGUUCAUUCGUCUGCGAAGAUGAUCGCCCACGCCCGUAUGACGGGGGGCUUGGUCCGAAAGGAUCCCGUCGACACGGUUCACCCGCUGGUGCGGGUGCAUCCCGUGACGGGGGAGAAGUGCCUCUUCGUGAAUGGCGAGUUCAUCACCAAGAUCCAGGGGCUCAAGGAGCCGGAGACCAAGGUGCUGCUAGACUUUCUCCUGCAGCACAUCAUCACCGGUCACGAUUUCCAGGCCCGCGUGCGGUGGCAGCCGAAGACGAUCGUCAUGUUUGACAAUCGCUCCACAAUCCACACGGCGGUCGUCGACUAUUUUGACGAAGAGCACGGCGCUAAGCCCCGGCAUAUCUUCCGGCUCUGCGCACUUGCGGAGAAGCCGAUCCCUGUGUCUGAGUGA